ACCAGCUUGAGUUAUCGACGGAGAUAUCGACGAAAAAUCAAUCGUUGCCCACAAUGCUUUGCUUUUUCAAGCGACUAUAGGGUCUGUUUUUAUUCUACACCAGCGUGGGCCGGAGGCACAAGCUGAGACGGAGACAGAAGCUGAAGCUGACACGUAUCUCGUUGAUAUCAAACGAAUAAUAAUAAAUGUUACACUUACAAGUUGUUCUAUGCAUUAAAGUACAUUUAGUUGUUUUAUGAACUAGUUUUUUCGCGGUCUUUUGCUUUUGUGUAUGCGAGAGCCCCGCACCCUUUCUGGACACCCCGGUGUCAAAACAGUGCAGCCACAUGAGUGGGGAUGGAUUGUGGCACCACUACAGUUGUAGUUGACUCUUUAAUUCAGCUCUUUAGCUAUUUUUCCCUUUUAAUUUAUUUAAAGCAUAGUACUUCAAGCAGUUUUCUCUUUUCGUCAUCAUUAUAAAUUUAUCACCGCCUGUCUUAAUGUGCUGCUGCCCCGGUCUAUUUCCGAGCUAGCAACAAUUAAUGCUAGCUCGGUGCUAACUUGACAGGGUAACCGUGUUGACACCAUACAAAGGUCAUCACUCGUCUUUUAUGCUCAUUCACCUCGUUUCGCUGUUCAGUCGUCAUGGAAGACGAAGCCUUCACUGACAUUAGCGGUAAACCAAUCUCUCUGGACUGUCAGACUCACUCCAGCUUUUGCAGGGAGUUCAUUAUCAGCUCCCCAAAAGUGUCCAUGGGCAAAGUGAUGGCAUACACCUGCUCCGUGUGGCUUCUGGCAUAUGCAGUGUUCUUCUUCACCCAGAACACUGCCGUUCUGUCUGGCGCUAUUCUUGUCACCCUUAUUGGCAUGAUGCUUCACAUCCACUUUGUGAAGGUAGACCACGAGUCCCUUCUCGUCAUUGGCUCCUUAGGCAUCCAGGUGUCCUCCAGCUAUGCCUCGGGCCGCGAGAUAACCACUUUCAUUGAGAUGAGCAAGAUCAAGGAUAUCGUCAUCAAUGAAGCUAUUUACAUGCAUCAGAUCAUCUACUACCUCUGUGUACUGUUGAAGGACCCCUCAGAGCCCGAUGCAGUGUCAAGUGUUGUGCCAUUGUUUCAGAGUUCAAAGCCAAGGCUGAACUGCUUGGUGAAAGUCUACAAAAGCUGUCAGGAGAUUCUUUCAAAGUGCCAAUGAAGCACAUGUCAUACAGGAACACCUGAGGUCAUUCACCAUGUUUUUCUUUUAGCCUCUUCCUUGUUUG